ACAAACGCUAGCGGCGGUCCAAGCCGCGGGUGAAGGUGAAGGUGAAUGCUCAACCUCACUUCACAUUCACGUCUGAGCCCCAGUCAACAAGACCGGCGUAGCUGCCUAUCAGAGAGACAAGCUCCUGUUUUGAUGGCAUGCCAUUGGGGAUAAGAGACGGUCUGCUGGAGCAUGGCCAAGUCCAGUAUCGCUCCCAGAAGCGUUCCUGCCCGAUACGGGUCCACCAUGGGGACAGUCUUCCCAAGGUCUGCAGCUGCACGGGGAUUUUGCACGCAUUGGUAUUGGCAAGUAUCAGUUCACGCAGAGGGAAAAGCAGAGUGUUCCAAGGUAGGGCGAAGCAACAACGGGUCGCAACAGCAGACGUGCUUGACACUGCGGACUUGGGAGCAACCUCUUCUUGCCAUGGCACGACAGCCGCAGCGCAUGGUCCAAGCGUUUUGCGCCUCUCGUUCGGUACGCCGCGUGAAACGGUUCGGAUGUUCCUUGAGGCUCGCAGGACUGCAGCUGUUGUUCAAAGCAAGCACAAAGGCCUAUUACUCUGCAUGGGUCCAUAGCCUCACAGACAUCGAGGAACCGAGGCAGCCAUGGCAUGGCCAAGCAUUACAGGCACAGCCCCAUGUUGAUAUCGUUCAUUGGCGUCUUAGUUGGGGGAGACCGUGUUGAUAGAGUCGGAGGGAAUCUGUUAUCAGUAGACAGCAUGAGCACAUGGACCUUUUUGCGGAAUAAGGCAGUGUCACGCCGCAGAUUCACGUUACUUGCACAGCUUAUCUAAG